AUGCAUUUUAUCACCCAGGCUACUCCUGAUAUCCGGAGAAAAUUACAAAGGCUUGAGGCCGGGCCCCAGACCCCGCUGUCAACCUUGGUAGAGGAGGCCUUCAAGAAAAAAAAGAAACGGCUGGUUCAAAGUACAAAUUCUUAUUUUAUGGAUGUAAAAUGUCCAGGUUGCUACAAGAUUACCACGGUUUUCAGCUGUGCUCAGACAGUGGUGCUUUACGUAGGUUGUUCAACAGUGCUGUGCCGGCCAACAGGAGGAAAGGCCAGACCCACAGAAGGGUGUUCGUUUAGAAGAAAGCAACACUAAUGAUCCACACAACUUCCUGAAUUUGUGUUCUAUCGCAGAGAGCCUUAUCAGUUCAGUAAUUCCAGUUAAUCUACCAAGAUAAUGUAAUUAUGUUUAAUUUUGUAAGGUAUACAACAGCGCUCUCCUAUUUGGGUGUCACUUUUUCA